CCGGGGUGUCCGUGAACGCAGCAGGCGGAUGCGGACGUAAACAAGCUCAGUGACGUGGAGGAGCCAGAACCAGAAAACUGGACCAGUAAACCAGAGAACUGGACCAAAGUCUCCGUUUUACUUCAAUAUUCCCGUUAGUUCUGCUGUGGUAGUUUCAGGGGAACUCCGGGACUCCGCUACGUGGUUAGACCAGCUCUCCCGGGGACAUGGAGGCCAGUAAGCCGUUCCUGGGGCUGUCGGACGUGUCCAUCGCGGAGGACACCCCGGUGGAGGGGGACAUCUCCGUCCCGCCGGGCCCGGCCCGGGGCGGGGAGGACGGCUUCUCCACGCUGGACGAGCCGGUGAAGGAGACGGUUCUGCGGGACCUGCGGGCCGUGGGGACCAAGUUCGUCCACGUGCUGUACCCGCAGCGCAGCGCGGCGCUGCUGCGGGACUGGGACCUGUGGGGCCCGCUGCUGCUGUGUGUGGCCCUGGCGCUGCUGCUGCAGGGGGGGGCGGCCGGGGACCAGCUGCAGGGGGGGCCGCAGUUCGCUGAGGUGUUUGUCAUCGUCUGGUUCGGCUCCAUCAUCAUCACCCUCAACUCCAAGCUGCUGGGCGGGACGCUGUCCUUCUUCCAGAGCCUGUGCGUGCUGGGCUACUGCAUCCUGCCGCUGACGGUGGCCAUGGCCGUGUGCCGGCUGGUGCUGCUCGGCGGCUCGGGCACCGUCAGCUUCGCCGUGCGGCUGGCCGUGGUGGCCGUGUCCUUCGGCUGGUCCACCUUCGCCUCCACCGCCUUCCUGGCCGACAGCCAGCCCAGCAACCGCAAGGCGCUGGUGGUGUACCCCGUCUUCCUCUUCUACUUCGUGAUCGGCUGGAUCAUCCUGACCUUCUCGCCGUGAGGGGGGGGGACCUGACUGAGGAGUGAAGGAACUCGGACAGAACCCAGACCCCCUGGACGUUGGAGCGCACCGAGACCCGCGGGACACCAACACAUCCAGACUUCCUCUUGGACCAGGAGUUGUUGAGACUGUUCAACGACAAACCAACCUGCUCCUUUUCUCAGUUUGUCUCCUAGUCAUGUAGAUAUGACUAGCUACUGAAUGUUUGAACAAUUAGGGCUAAAACCAUUUCCUCCUUCCUUCUGUGUCUUUGUGAGUGUCUUUGUGUUUCUCCAUUUUAGAGUUUGAUUUGAUGGGGUUUGGGCGUCUUAAGGACAUUUUUGGUCGAUUCCAAGAUGGCUGACAGUGGAGAGUUGGCGCGAAGGGCCGGCGAUCCUCCAGGAACGCUCCUCCUGCUUGUUUCUGCCUUCUUUUUUUCCAGUAAAGUAAUUUAUUCUGUUGCGGUGGGAGGAAACAGUUUGUUGCUUUAUUAGUUUAACACCACAAACUACUGACAUAUGAAUCAAUUCCAGCUAUUUAGGUGUUUUUUUUCCCUGGUUGGUGAAGUGAAAACAGCAAUAACGGCGUUGGGUAUUUCUGUUCACCAGUUCUGAAGUACCGGAAGCUGCCCAUGAAAUCUUUUUCAGCUUUUGAAGAAACCAGAAAGGUGAAUAAAACUAUGGGAAAAGAA